UUAUUUACAUGUCUCCGGUGAAAAGUGAUGGACGUCGAUCGGUGGUGAGCAGAUACGCAGCAGCAACAGCAGCAGCAGCACUUCAACCCAGUGCCAAGGAACGUGCGGCAGAUCGGAGAUCACGUGCUCACAAAUUCAGUGGCCGGUGCUUGGGAGAGGAGGGGAACCGAAAGCGCGUGGAGUGUGUGGUUGGCGCGCCAGUUUAUUGACGUUGGGCUGUUCGAGUGGAAGAAAAUUCAGUUGUGCUUUUGUUGUGAAGGAAAACAGUAACGAAAAUCCCAUUCCGAAGAGUGCAGUUGGUGCAAGUUGCAAAAUGAAGCUUAUUAUUCUGUUAUCGGUAUGCUUAUUCAGCAUCAUCGCACAAUCCAGCGCUCUACCAAUGAAAGUCAGCAAGCCACAGGCCCUCGUCACCAGCCGUGAAGAUCGCUCAUCAGACGUCGCCCCUGCAAGCACAAUUCCUACCAAAAAAGAUGCAGCCUCAGCCUUGAAACCCGGUACCGGGUAUUUCAUUCGAGUGGUCCCCAAGGAGCAGGACGAAUUCGAACGAUUGAUGGAUUUUUUCGCAGUUGGGGAGAUCGAUUCGCCCAGCGAGUUAGCCGGAUCUCCCCAAAAGACGUCCUACGGCUCCUAUAGUCCACGACAGGAUGAUCUGACGGAACCACUACUGCCGCCACCGGUCGACCAGAACGAACCCAACUACUAUACUGCCAAACUGAGAAAAAGCAAGAGCAAGAAGUACAUCCCAAAUCAGAAACUGGUGAAUCUGAAGAAUAUGGAAAACAUCGAAAACACCGAGAAUGAAAAAUCCAGGCAGAAUGCCGGAUAUCCCAGUAGCGGUGAAAUCGAUGAGGUGGACUUUUUGGGGGGACUUGAUCUGGAGAAGCUACUGGCGUCCGCUUGGCUCACGCAGGCCGAUGCUGACGCGGAAGCUGCCAAAGGGAAAGUUACCUCCAGCACCGCCAGGGAGUUGAAGCAGGCUGAGUUGAACAUGGGAGAGUUUGUGCCCAGUCAGCAGCGUCGAAUGGACGAAAACACCCGAUGGUUGCCGAACGAACACGAAGGUGCACGAGUUGAUUAUCAGCUACACGGUCAUAAAGGGCCUGGUAGCUAUGCGUUUGGAUUUGACACGGGUAACGGGAAGGAUCGGAAGUUCCACGUAGAGGAGCGAGACAACGACGGUAACGUAAGAGGUCGCUACGGAUAUUAUACCAAAAGCGGGAAGUUAAGAAUUGUGAAAUAUCGAUCAUCACCUGAAAAAGGCUUUCAAGUGGAGAGCUAGGAGUAUGCAAUUUUUUAGUUAUUUAUUUUUACACAUUGUACAAAUUUUAAUAAAGAUAAAAUAUUGAAAA